AUGUCUUCCCAGCAAUCCUUCACGUUCUCGCCCGGCACAGGGACUCCUAUUGACAGAGUCGCAUCUCUUCUCUCUACUCUCGGUGCUGAACCAUACUACGCCUACGAGCGACAAGGCCACUGGCAUGUAGGCAUUGGCAGUCUCGCAUCCUUGGCUAUCGGGUCGGAUGGACAGCACGCCACAAUUUCUACGCUCGAUGGAAGCGAGUCCCUAGCUAUUGAGUCUAGCCUCGCCGACGUAGCGCGAAACUUCCUCCGCACUCACCCAGCUGCGGGAAAGGUUUUCGGCUUUGCAGGCUUCAACUAUGCACCCCACAUCAAAGGCCUCAUGUACCACGCAGGGCGAUGGCCUCUCCUUACUCUGAUGAUUCCCCAGGUUGAGCUGAACAUAAAUUCUGGGGGGUUCACCAUCUCAGGGGGCGGAGAGAACCAAGGUCGAUACAUCGAGUCUGUGCUGAAGGGAGGCGAGACACCACGCGGAUCCCCUCACAUGCCCGACUGGCAGACUGAUCAACAUCGAAAAGUGUACAUGCAGUCGGUGGAGGACGGUCUGUCUCAGAUUAGAGAGGGUCGCUUGGCCAAAGUCAUCCUCUCCAGGGCAGUUGAUCUUCCGGGCCCCGUCAACAUGCCUCAGACGCUCCUUACAGGGCGAAAGUCGAAUACUCCGAGGACAACCUUUUGUCUUUCUCAUGGCGGUUUCCAGGCCACCGGAUUCAGUCCCGAAUUGGUCAUGUCUCUGGAGAAUGGCCGCGUCACCACAGAACCGCUGGCUGGUACCCGUUCAUGUGGUUCCAGCGACGCUGAGCGUCUGAAACUGCGACAAGAACUUCUCAGUGAUUCCAAGGAGAUUGUGGAACACGUUCUGUCCGUCAAAGCCGCGGUCGAGGAACUUGAGCAGAUUUGCUCGAACGAUACCGUCGUUGUCGACGAUUUCAUGUCGAUCAGGGAACGCGGCAAGGUGCAGCAUCUUGGGUCCAGGGUGUGCGGACAGUUGAACGAGGCGAAGGAUGCCUGGGACGCGUUCGAUGUUCUUUUCCCAUCGAUCACUGCGUCUGGGAUUCCAAAGCAGCCUGCCCUUGAGGUCAUCACCUCCCUUGAGACACGGCCUCGUGAACUGUACUCUGGCAGCGUCAUCAUGCUUGAAGGAUCGGACUUUUUUGAGGGAGCCCUGGUACUCAGAUCGGUCUAUCAAGAUGAGGAAAAGGCAUGGGUGCAGGCAGGCGCAGGAAUCAUCGAUCAGUCUGAGCCCGCGCGCGAGUUUACUGAGACAGUUGAGAAGCUUAGCACCAUCGCGCCAUUUGUGGUGCCUCUUUGA